GUGUGUUGUUCUAGUUUGUGUUCGAUCGUUGACCUCUUAUCUCCCUCCAGACCUACAUCAUGACUGCUUCCUGGCGUGCGGCGGGUAUGAGGUACGGAUUGAUCUGCGCUUCCUGAUGGCGGUCGCUGCAGUGGCCUGUUCAGCAUGGGCGGGGCCGAAUGGGAUUCGGACGGUGUGGCUCUUGACUUUUCCUUUCUGCUUCUCUCGAAAUGACUGAUGGCAAUGUUGGCCGGGCGAUCUGUGCUUUUUAGCUACCUGCAGUUUUCCGCUCUGGCGGCGCGCUUUGUGCGCUCGGCCCUGAAGGAGGAGGCCAAGAAGCAGGCUGCCAAGCGCGUCGGUGGCACUCUGAACAUGCGCUUCUACGAGAAGGGCCAGGUCAUCUCUGCCAGCCACUGGCUGUGGCGCAAGGUCAGCAUCUGGUGCAUCGCUGGUCCACAGGUGCUGAAAGAGGCCAGAGCAGUCCAUGCCCAUGCGCACACCAAACAUGGAAUCGAGCACAGCAAGCAGACGCUGCGCAUCGGCAUCACUGUGGUUGCUGAGCGCUGUCUCAAUCGCCGCGGCUGCAUACUGAGGUUGUGUUCGCAGACGAUGCAAGUAGGCCAAGGCCUCUGCCCCCACGACUUGCCAGUCAUCAAAGAGGUGGAAGGGCAGGGCUUUGGCGCCACCAUCCAGCAACAAAGCCACGCAAAUGCCCGACGCGUCACCAUCGCGUCCACACCAUCGAACCUGAAAGUGACCGGGGGCGACCAGCGACGCGCGUGCCGACCUCUCAGCGUCAGCGCCAGUGGAGGAGGGCUCGACCUCCACACCGCCAUCCAGCUCAAGUGCCUCCAACUCUGUGGCGCUCUGGGCCUGCACCGCCUCUUUGAGCAAAAUGGUCACCACCCCCGCCGGCAAGUCCGAGCAACGAGCCAGAUACGACACAUCCUGUCCCCGGCAUUCCAAGAUAGCCCAUGCAUGAUACGCCUCCAUCUCUGGAGGAUCGCCGAAACAAACAGGAAAAAGUGA